AUGGCUUUGUACACUUUUACCUUCCUGAGCGUCCUGGGCAUCUUUGCUGCUUUGCAGGUUCCCAACUCGUCUUCGGAAGAGGAACAACCUGCUAAACAAUUGUCUGUAAGCCGAUCUGAGCAGAAUGAGAUUGUGAACAAGCACAACGCCUUAAGAAGAGCUGUUCGGCCUAGUGCCAGCAACAUGAUGGAAAUGAGCUGGAGCAGCGAGGCUGCAGCCAACGCUCAGAGAUGGGCCAACAAAUGCACCAUGAGUCACAGCCCUGACAGCUCCAGAAAUAUCAGAUCUAGCGGCUGUGGGGAGAACCUGUACAUGUCCAGCAAUCGGAAAUCCUGGAGCACUGCUAUCCAGAAGUGGUACAACGAGGUGAAGGACUGGCGCUAUGGAGUGGGAUCUACCAAUGGAGGAGUGGUCGGACACUACACACAGGUUGUCUGGUACAACUCCAAUAAGGUUGGCUGUGGUAUGGCCCACUGUCCCAACUCUAAAUACAAGUACUACUACGUCUGCCAAUACUGCCCACCUGGAAACUAUCAGUACGCCCGCCCCUACAAAGCAGGACGCACCUGCGGUGACUGUCGCAACUCCUGUGACAGCGGACUGUGCCGUAAUCGUGAUGGCGACGAGUUCAACCAGUGGCCAAAGACAGAGCUCUCCCAGCACACCCAGCUAAAUAAAACAGACCUGGUUCGCGUCAGCCAUCAGCAGACCGGUGUUGUUCUUUCUCUAAGCCACUGCCUGUGUGAUAGCUAG